UGGAGGAGAAGAUGAAGAAAAAGAGGAGGAGGAGGAGGGGGGAGAUGAAGACAAGUAUAUCUAUCUGCCCAGGCAUGGAAAAGCAGAGGAGGAGGAGGAGGAGGAGGAGCAGCAGGUUCUAUGUGAAGUACUGUGUGCUGACAGAGUGGGCCAGAUGACGAGGACCUACAAUGACAUUGACGCUGUCACUCGACUGCUGGAGGAGAAAGAGCGUGACCUGGAGUUGGCGGCUCGCAUCGGCCAAUCACUGCUGAAGAAAAACAAAACCCUCAGCGAGAAAAACGAGCUGCUGGAGGAGCAAGUAGAACACAUACGAGAGGAGGUGUCUCAGCUGCGUCAUGACCUUUCUAUGAAAGAUGAACUUUUACAGUUCUACACAAGUGCUGCCGAGGAGAGUGAAGGGGAAUCGCCCACCUCCACGGCGGUGCGCCCCAGUGACCCAAAUGUAUCUGUCCCCAAUUACUUCCCACUGGACUCCCUGCAGAAGAAACUCAAAGAUCUGGAAGCAGAAAACCUGUCCCUUCGCUCAGAGGCUAGCCAUUUGGAGACAGAAACAAUCUCCUAUGAGGAGAAAGAACAGCAGUUGGUCAACGAUUGUGUCAAAGAACUACGUGAUGCCAACCUGCAAAUGUCUAGCCUGGCCGAGGAGCUUGCCAGGAAGACAGAGGAUGCCUCCCGACAACAGGAGGAGAUCACACACCUCCUGUCCCAGAUAGUAGACCUCCAAAAGAAGGCAAAGUCGUUUGCUGUGGAGAACGAGGAGCUGACCCAGCACCUAGGAGCAGCCAAAGAUGCCCAGAGACAGCUCACUGCUGAGCUGCGGGAGUUGGAGGAUAAGUAUGCAGAGUGUAUGGAGAUGCUUCAUGAGGCUCAGGAGGAACUGAAGAACCUGAGGAACAAGACUCUGCCGCACAGCACGCCGAGACGCUUCCACUCCCUAGGCCUCUUCCCCAUGGACUCUCUAGCAGCGGAAAUCGAGGGAACCAUGAGGAAAGAGCUUCAGAUGGAUGAUCCAGAAGUGGAAGAACAGAAACUCCACCCAAAGCGAGUGUUCCAGACAGUGAAAAACCUUAACUUGAUGCGUCAGCAGCGCUCAUCACUUGCUCCCUCGCCUCUGAACAUCCCGGGCUCCAAUCAGACAUCGUGUUUCACCUCUGGGCGGUCCAGUAGGGUGGGCACGCCACGCUCCAACUCCAUAUAUGGAAGUGAGACAGGAAGUGGGAUCUUCCUGGAUAACAGGGCCAGCAGCAUCCUGGAGACGCCUGACAAAGAGACUGAGGAUUCGAACAGGCGACCUCCCGGCACCCCGGGGACCCCGGGCAGCAGAGACCUGGAAGCAGCCCUUCGGCGUCUUUCCUUGCGUCGUGACAACUACCUCUCUGAAAGACGCUUCUUCGAAGAGGAGAGGGAGCGCAAGCUGGCUUACUUGGCCAAGGAGGAGGAACGAGGUGGAGGGAGUGAUGAAGGAGGUCCUGGAACCCCCACGGAGAGCCUGUUGUCACUGUGCACGCAUCCCUCCUUUGGAAGUGUCUGGUCAGGGUACUCCUACACUUCAAGGUCCUACCUUCCGGAGAAGCUGCAGAUUGUAAAACCGCUUGAAGGUUCUGCUACCCUUCACGCUUGGCAGCAGUUGGCCCAGCCUCAUUUAGGAGGCCUGCUGGACCAGAGGCCUGGUGUGGUCACGAAGGGCUUCCGUACCUUAGAACAUGAGCAGGAACAGGAUGAAAGCUGGCAAAUGGACCAGCCAGAGGAGGAUGAGGUGUCACUUGACACAAUCACAGGAUUACCAGGAGUGAUGAGGACUUCUUCGCCCUCAUCCUCUCCAUCUGCCAGCCAUUACAAAAACAAUGACGGCAGCGACAUCAGCCAAUCUGAAGCACUGUAUGGAGCUAGAGGAAGAGUAAAGGGAGCAAUUAGGGGCAAAGACGGACAUGUUUCAAACACUCCUCACUCAAGCCCCUCCUCGCCUACUCCCCAUCUCCCAUCUUCUGAGAUGAACGGGCAGCUGGACUUCAAGGAGUUUCAAGUCCUACAGGCUGGCGCGGUGGACAGCAUGCCCGUGAAUUUCCCAGGGAAGUGCAUGUCACACUCUACCUCCACCUACACCUUCACUACCUGUCGGAUUCUCCAUCCCUCUGAUCAGCUAGCUUCUAUGACGUCCAGCCCAGUGAUGGCUUCCUGUCAGAUCAGUGAUGGCAUUGGCACCAACACCCCCACCGGCUCCCCCAUACCGUUCUCCAGUCCCGCCACCCCCUCCUACACCCCCUGCUGCACCCCACGCCGCCUCUCUCUCUCCCGGGCCGAGUCUUUCACCAACCUGCGGGACUCCACCAAGACCACCAGCACCUCCCUAGGUCUGGUGCGCCUCCUCCUGGAGCGUGGGAUCUCCGCCUCCGUGUAUGACCCCCAUAGCUGGGACCGUGGAGCGGACCGCGCCAGUGGAAUGUCGACACCCGUUGGGGCAGGGCAAACACAAGGCAGUGUUGAGGGAUGUGAGGGGAUGGAAGGCAGGUCAGCAGGGAUGCGUGCCGAUGCCCUCCACCUGCUCCUCCUCCCUUCCACCCCUCCAAACUCUCCCACUCCUCGCCUACGCUCCAAAUCUGCCUCCUGUCCAGCGCGCUCCCCUGCAUUCCAGUUCAGCCCCUCUCACGAUGACCCACCGUACUAUGACACCUUCCUGGCCUCCAAGCCAGCACGUACCAUUCUGAGAGAAGUGCUGGGGGAGUCAGAACGUGAGCGAGCGGGGCAGGCGGACAACGAGAGCCAGACGGAGGUGUUGAACUUGCGGCUCGUGGACAAACUGAAACGCUUCCAGACUGUUACGCCACUCGGGGCCUCAGGUUCAUCUGGGGGGGCGUUGCUGGGCCCUUUUGGUCCGCCAGGACUAGGGAAUAGUGCGCUGGGCGGGGGCCUCCCCGUUUUGAAUGCAGGGCUCAGGAGGAAUCGUAGCUAUCCUGCAAUGGUCGGGGCCAGCAUGGCUAUGAAGGACCCAGGAGGCCCCCCGAGCACGGAGAUCCUCAUACCGCAUACAAUGCCAGCACCGCAUAUGCCACACACACUGUACACACAAGAAAUGGGAAAACUGCACACGACCCAUGGACUGAACUUAUUGGACAUGCACAUACCACAAACACUUGACCAACAGGAUGUGGUCAUACCCCGAACAGUCCAACACAGACAGACUAAUCAGAAUGAAGCGUUGCAUCAUCUGACCAAUAACGACCAACACAACCUCUCCAAACAGAGCAGUUACAGCGUUGAUGAAACUGGGAUUUUAACACACAUGAGCACACACAAGCACCCAUGAGCACACCUAAACACGUACAUGUCACGGUGCCAUGUAGUAUGCAUUACUACACAUAUGGUAGCACACAUAAAACACAUUACAGCACCAUACAAAUGCCAAGAGAGACACUGGACAGACAUCUUUCAGUGACUGACAAUGGACUCAAGCCAGACGGAAAGGCUAAAAUGAUGCCCAAUACAAUCCACCCACACAUAGGAAGACAACUAGAAGAUUGCUGAUCUCAUCUAACCAAUGCUGUACCCUACUAAUGAUGGAUCGGGACUCGCCUCUCGAUACACUAAAACCAGUGAUCAUCAUUUUAAUCAAUCCUGAACUCAAAGAUGUGUUGUUGUAUGAACCAACAGUGUUCAGACAUAGCUGAAUGCUGACUUAUUCACUGUUAUACUGACACACUGUGUCAGGCCAGACUAAUGAUGAAGCAGUCUGCCACCUUUUUUCUGUGUCCGUUUUAGUUGUAUAUUGUAAAUGUUGUUUAUACAAUAUAUUAUAUUGUAUAAGUUUAAAUGCUCAAUCCAGAACAUGAGCAUUGAAUCAUCCGAACCAGGGAGCAAUGCUGCCCCUGGCUUUAUGAAUCUUUUGAUUUAUUGGUUUUAGGAUGAACAUUUUGAUCUCAGAUUGAAUGACCGAGCUCUCGAUACGAGGAUUGUGAGGGUCUGACAGCCAAACAUUAGGUGUAAAUGUGUCUUGAAGCUGUAAAAAGGGUUUAAGGUCGAAAUGAUUUUAAACACUGAAACGGUACUGUCAUUUUUGAGAAACAAAAGAUAAUGUUUCCCAUUCUUAAACCUGUAAGAAUAGAACCGCAAUGUGUAUAUAUAUUACAAAAACCUGAAGGGGGGUUUCAGUCGGUCCCCUUUCAGCGACUGAAUGUUCUACUGUGCCUAAAAAUGCUAAAACACUGUAGCUCAUCCAAAUGCCUGUUUGUAUUUGUAUUGUUUUCAUUUUUUUUAACUGUAUUUCAUCAUUUUAUUUAAUAGCCCUGUUACGUCUUCCAUAGGAAUUAUGUAGCACAUGGACAGUAACACAGAGUAGACAGAAAGAUCUGACCAACAUUCACAAAGUAGCCUCUGCAAAAUGGUCAUAUAGGUGGAUGUGGUGGAGAAGGGCAGGAGAUUGUGCGUUUACACAGCCCUCUCUGCUGAUGCUCCGAGAUGCCACUCCAAACCAAAGUUAUGUCAAAUCAAGGGGGGGGGGGGUUUCGAGAAAGGCGUCAUUUGAUAUCAGCGUGGUGUCAUCGGUCUAACCAAACAUGUUUUACGCACAGCUGCUCUCAAAUGAAAAGACCUUUUUCAUCUCCGAAAGCUUUUAAAGCCCCGGGGAACAGAGUUAUUUUGCGAUUGACCCGUGUUAGUUUUCCUAUCUCCGAGAUGGAUCGAAGCCUAGGAAGAGAAAAAGGUUAAGCAAUAUUAACUUAUGUAAAGCUGAAACGCUUCCGGACGGCAUUAUUUAAAUGGCGAUUAAAAAAAAGAAAAAAGAAGAAAAAACAAACUGUCAGCUUUACAUAAAUAUACAAGUUACUGAUUGUCAUGUGAGCAUAAUAUAAAGGGAGACUGAGGUUUUAGUUGUGACAGACUGCUGGUUUCUGUUUGAGUGACUGACUGACUGACCAGCUGGCUGGCUGGCUGACAGUGUGAUGAAUAGCCUUAAUGCACUUGAUACCUGCAGUCACCUGCAGAAAACACGAGGGGGUGAGCUAGCAGUAUCAAAUACAGCAAGAGAUUGAUAACUAUAAAUAUUAUUUAUUGGAUCUUUUGGAGUAUGAGAAGCACACAAGCAGUUGAAUAUUUGUUGUUUGUUUAAAUGGACUAUUGCCUAUAGAUUCUAUUUAUCUUUUACAUUUUGAAUUGACAAAAUAUCAAAUUGGAUUGUACUCUUAUUUUUCUUCAUCGCCCAGUCCACAUUAUGGGGAUAAAAGGUUCUGUAUCUGCACAUCAGAUGUAUUUAAACGGCUCAGUGUAAAUAUUAGCAUUUUUUUAGGGAUGCAUAAUAUUGGAUUUUUGCCAAUAUCCGAUAUGCCGAUAUUUUCCAACUCAUUUUGGCCGAUUGCCGAUACCAAUGCAUGUAAAAAAAAUUUCUUCACCUAACUGCAGAGAACAUCAAGUCUCUGCUGUACUGGACUUAAACCCACGCGGGCAUCACGCUACUGACCUCUAUUUUUACGCGGCUACGAGCCCCUCCAACAAACGAGUAUAGUCUGGUAGAAAAAUUAAAAUGAGUGUUGCACGAUUUGCAGGGGCAUGGCCAUGUGGGGGCCAGGGGGG